CACAACAGCCGUUAGUAGCUCGAGUAGCAUUAGUGACCGGGGGAACAGGAUAUCCACGCUAGCUAAUUCAUUGAUAAAAUAACUCUAUUGACGUUGCAACACCCAAAAACAUCCUAACACGGGGGUAACGGACAGGAACUGGUUGCAGUGCGAUAACCCCGCUCCAGCUGUUGGGAUAUGGCCAGGCCGGAACAGGUUCUGCUCUUGGAGCCUCAGCACGAACUGAAAUUCCGAGGUCCAUUCUCAGACGUGGUCACCACAAAUCUUAAGCUCUCCAACCCUACAGACAGGAAUGUGUGUUUCAAGGUGAAGACAACAGCGCCGCGCCGGUACUGUGUGCGGCCAAACAGCGGAAUCAUCGAUGCAGGCACCUCAAUCAACGUCUCAGUUAUGCUGCAGCCUUUUGACUACGAUCCCAAUGAGAAGAGCAAACACAAGUUCAUGGUCCAGUCCAUGUUAGCACCUCCUGACAUGACCGACAUGGAGGGAGUGUGGAAGGAGGCCAAGCCAGAAGAGCUGAUGGACUCCAAGCUGCGGUGUGUUUUUGAGAUGCCAGUAGAGAACGAAAAAACGCAUGACAUGGAGUCCAACAAGAUGAUGUCGUCCAGCCUGCUGAAGUCAGAUUCCUCCUCGCUGCCUCCAAAGUCCAUGAGCUCCACCCUUGAUGACGGGGAGGUAAAGAAGAUCAUGGAGGAGUGUAAGAGGCUGCAGAUGGAGGCUCAGAGGCUACGGGAAGAAAACAAACAGAUCAGGGAGGACGACGGUCUGCGGAUGAGGAAGAGUAACAUGAUGUCAUCUCAGCACUCCUCAGUUGGCAUGAAGAAAGAGGAGGGGUUGAGCGCCCGCACGGUGGCCCUCAUCGUGCUCUUCUUCGUGGUGGGCGUCAUCGUGGGCAAGUUGGUCUUGUAGAUGGCGGCGCAGUUCGUUCGGCAGCAGCAUGCUUUCAGGGGGGACGAAAACAAACGCGGGAUCUGGGAUUUUGGAUCAGAAAUGCCAUAUCCGCUGGGUGGGGGGUGGUACUAGUUUUGAUUCAGUCUCAUUUAUGUAAAAAAUUUCAAAAGUAAUGUAUGAGAAAAAAAGAUGAAAAAACAAUUCAUCAUAAUGAACAAACCUACUGUUACAGGUCUUGCCUCUACGUAAUCAUCACAUAAUCAUUCUGGCCCUUUUCCCAAAGUUUUAUGUAUACAGAUGACUGGUUCUGUGGGUGGGGGGUAAUGGAAACAUGAUUUAAUGCUCGUUAUUCAAACCAAUGGAUUUUCUAACACCGGCGAGGUAGUCUUGGUGCGAUUGAGUCAGUUUGCAAUUGUGCGAAUGUCAUUUUAGUGUAUUGUUGUUUCUUUUUCUAAAUGACGGAGGCCAGAGCCUAUGUACAUGUAUACGUAAUCCCCCCCACUGUACAGUAUAUCCAGGUGUUCCUUCCAGCUAAACCCCAUUUAAGGAAGGGAUUAACCAGAGAGAUGAUCCACACAGUCGGGGUUACACACAGGGCUAUCAAACUGACUUCUCCAAUCAGAGGCUUUGUAAAAUCGGCUUGUCUUUGAUUGUAGAGCAACCUUGAUCCGUGUAUGAAACACUAUACCAUAGGUAUUUUCUUUCCUUGUGUCCUUUUUAUUUUCACUCUACCUUACUCCCGUCACCUGUCACUCAGUGCUCACCACAUCCCCAGUUGUCAGAGGGGGAUGUUCGAUUGCAUGCGUUCACAGAGUGUUGCAUCUGGACUUUUGAAUCUAAUUUAAUUGCUUUUAUAAUGGUGAUAACAAUGUCAUUUGGCUGUAGGUUUGCACAACUACAUUUUCAGAUUUUUUUCUUUCUCUUUUUUGUGUUUUUCUUCCAUUUUUAUGAUUUCAAGUGAUUUUUUUUGUUGUUGUUAGGGUUGAAGCAUUUAAGAAUAUUGCAGCUACCAGAAAUGAGCUCCAGAUUUGUAGGAUUAGAGCAUUUCUGUAAAUGUUCUCCAGAUGAAAGUCUUGCCUUGUGACCUGUUUGGGCAAGUUAUUCUCAGGCCAAGAUGGAGGUAUAUAUACAGUACAUUUACAUAUAUAUACAUAUAUAUACAGUCACACACACAGAAAGCAUGCAUACAUAUAGUGAGAAACCACAAAUGAGCAGAAGGUGCAUGUAGAGGUGACUGAAUAUGUGUUUCCUUAACAACAUCAACAACACCAAGGUCCUGUUACUGUGUCCUACCAAAGGGACCUUGGUCUUUUUCAGCUCUUAUUUUGUUUUCUUAUAUUUUCCUACUGAGCCAUACAUUUGUUGACAUUCUGUGUUGUUUGGAGCAAAUGUAUGUGAGAGAUCAGCUGAGUGUUGUGUGAAGCUGCUCUCCACUGCUGGUGAUUGUGCUGUUUUCUUUUUCUUUUUCUCACUCCACUGCAGGCCUGUGUUCAGUUUCUGGUGUUUGUUGAGCAUUAAUCGGUUGCUUAGUAAUGUUAUAUCCUCACUGCAUUUGAAGUCAUGUUCGUUUUUAAUGCACUAAGAUUGAGAGUGUCUCUCCUUUGAUCUUCCUGCAGCAUACAGUUUUUUUUUUCUCUCAAGCGAGAGGGGGAGAAAAGCGUACAGCCUAGCUUAUAACCUUGAAGAGACCACAUGAUGACAUUGUACUGUUCCAGAGCCAAUGGUAAUUUUAUUUGUCAGAAAUAAAUAAACAAAAAAAACAUACUCUCAUAUUGUUUCAUCUCCAAAUUUGCAUGAUGAAAAAACAGCAGUGGAGAGCGUCAUUCUACUUUGCAAUCUUGGAAAAAGAGCAGUUGGUCAUAUUUUUAUCCCACGUUUUUAUCCCAUGAGUAAGCAGGAGUGUAUUCCCCUUUACUAAACUGAAAGAAACAAUGACAAAAAACCACCAUAUUUUCAUGUUAGGUGGAGUGGAAGGCAAUGGAUCUGACUCCUGGGGAAGAGAGUAAUAUAAACUUGAGCUUGUGUUUCCACUGUAUCUCUGUAAAGCUGUUGGGUUGAGGAUGACUUGCUGCUUAGAGGGAGGGCAGAGCAGACCUGAGAUACAGUCUCGUCUUGGGUUAUCAUCCUGGGUCAUAUAGUACUUGCAGAAAAUUCUUCUUGUUCAAUGAAUCCUAGUUGGAGUAUCAAAAAUAUUAAGUUCCAGAAUAUACUGUUGUGUGAUUACAUGAAGAAUUUAGCCCUGUAUACCCCACAAAUGUGGUACUCCAAGAAGGAUUAAACGAACAUAAAUAAUUACAUGUAAAUACUAAUUGAACCAGGCCCGGUUGAAAGACAGACUACACACUGACCUGUUCUGGAGUCUCUGACCAUCACCGUGAUCAAUGUAAGCAGUCGGGAAACUGUUUUGUAUGUAUAUAAAUAAAUAAAUAAGUCUAUCUGAGAAGAAGAUUAAUAUUCCUAGUCAAGUAGUCUCUCUGGUGUAUAAAAACAACCCAACCUGGUUGGACUAUGUAGCAUCUUAAUAAAUUUAAUGAAUAA